CAAAAGUGCUAGUUACUUGCUGGUAUUCACUUACCAGACACCGAGCCUCAAGAAUAAAGGGUUCAAGAGUCCCCUGAUUUCUCGAAAACAUUACACCUGAAUCAUCUAUCCGGUCUUUCCAUUCCUUUGUGUUCCCCAGUAGCGUCUACGAUCGCUGUCUUCUUCACUGCACACUCGGCUGCAACACUCGUCCCAUCAUGCGAUCAAUCGCAUCUCUGGCUGCGAUCAGCCUUGCCUUCGCUGGCCUGUCCUCUGCGAGCGACGUCCAUGACCUGAAGACCGACAACUUCAAAGACUUCAUCUCCCAACAUGACUUGGUACUAGCAGAGUUCUUUGCCCCGUGGUGUGGCCACUGCAAAGCACUGGCACCCGAGUAUGAAGAGGCCGCAGCCACGCUCAAGGAGAAGAAUAUCCCUCUCGUGAAAGUCGACUGUACGGCUGAGGGUGAUCUGUGCAAGGACUAUGGUGUCGAGGGGUAUCCUACUGUUAAGGUCUUCCGGGGCCUUGACAACAUCAAGCCAUAUCCUGGCGCGAGGAAGGCACCUGCUAUUGUCUCAUACAUGACCAAACAGCAACUACCUGCUGUCUCUCUACUCACCCCUGAUACCCUGGAGGAGUUCAAGACUACAGACAAGGUCGUUGUGGUAGCAUACAUUUCAGCCGACGACAAGGCAUCAAACCAGAGCUUCACAUCUCUGGCUGAGUCGUUAAGAGAUGAGUUCAUCUUCGGAGCCUCUAAUGAUGCCGCACUUGCCAAGGCAGAAGGUGUCAAGCAACCCGCGAUUGUGCUCUACAAGGAUUUUGAUGAGGGCAAGAACACAUUCACCGAGUCAUUCGAUGAGGAGGCUAUCUCGAAGUUCAUCAAGACCGCCUCGACUCCUUUGGUCGGGGAAGUUGGUCCAGAGACCUAUGCUGGCUACAUGGGCGCUGGAAUCCCUCUCGCUUACAUUUUCGCUGAAACCCCCGAAGAACGAUCCUCUCUGGCUGAAGCUCUGAGGCCCGUCGCUGAGAAAUACAAAGGCGUCAUUAAUUUCGCAACCAUUGAUGCUAAGGCCUUCGGCGCUCACGCUGGCAACUUGAACCUGCCUACAGACAAAUUCCCUUCGUUCGCCAUCCAAGAGACGGUGAAGAAUGAGAAAUACCCCUUUGCCGGCAACGACCUUGGUGAGAAACAGAUUGGUGCUUUCGUCAAGGACUUUGUCGCUGGCAAGCUUGAGCCAAGCAUCAAAUCAGAGCCUAUUCCAGAGAAACAGGAAGGACCUGUCACAGUGGUUGUCGCUCAUUCGUACAAGGAUAUCGUCCUUGAUGACUCCAAGGAUGUGCUGAUCGAGUUCUACGCUCCCUGGUGCGGACACUGCAAAGCCCUCGCACCAACAUAUGAGAAGCUGGCAGAGCUCUACACCGGUGACCUCUCUUCCAAGGUCACCGUGGCCAAGAUUGAUGCCACCCUGAACGAUGUUCCCGAUGAGAUUGCUGGCUUUCCCACCAUUAAGCUGUACCCCGCUGGCGCCAAGGACUCUCCUGUCGACUACUCGGGUUCCCGCACCAUGGAAGACCUGGCUGCUUUCAUCCGUGACAAUGGCAAGCACGGAAUUGAUGGCAUUGCCCUCUCCAAGAAGGAUGAAGAUGUUGACAUGGAGGAUGUUUCAUCUACUGCGAGCGACACCAUGGCGAAAGCUGCUCCUGCGGCAACUACCGUAGCCGAAGAGGUCUCCUCGGGCGUGGCUGAUGCAGUCAAGAGUGUUGUCAGUGAGGCUGCGGAUGCCGCCCAGACCAUGCUCGCUGACACCGACGAGGGUGGCGUCCAAGAGCAUGAUGAGCUGUAAAAACGUCUACGCUCUUGCAUCCCCCUGUACCUUGUAUUCCAUGCUCGCCCACGAUGGGGGCGGACGGAGUUUUGACCUUUCGACUAUUGUUAUUUUUGUGUGUUAUCCCGACGAACACUUUGCGCUUCUGGCAAGAUUCAGUCAGGAAGACUCACAACGACCAACUGGUUUACUGGAGCUUCUUAGCCGAGGAGAGGACUUGAGGGCGUCCAAAAUGGAUGUGAAGCAUGAAAUGAGCCGACUUUUUGCGUGGCCAAGAUGGCCAACGAAAGUGGAUGAUAUCCGAUGAAAGACUGGGGGAGCUUGACUUGAGCGGUCUCGACAACCCGGGGUAGACGAAUGAGGUCUUCACCCUGUCAUGGCGAAGCACGGCCAGAGACAGGGAGAGACUACUCCCGUCCCGGAUUCAGUCACUAGUCAUGAGGAUAUGCAGUCAGGUAAAAUGAGAAUUGAGCGAGAACGGAAGCAUUGGUUGAACCUUCUCAGGCCGCCGUAACUGGUCAAUUGAUAAUGUCAAUGUCGAGUCGCCACAGUCAAUGACCGCCUCGAUGUGUUGCACAGGGCGUGGCCAAGUCAACACGCAUGGAAUUCUAUUACGCUUCUAUUCUUCACCACAAGGCACGGCCCUAGAAGCGAGAGUGUUUUCUUGUGUCGACUUGGACGAUCUUUUGGUGACAUGACUUCAUAUUUCUGCUGCUGUACUCCGUAUAUCUCACACAAUUCCUCCUAAUGAGGCCCACGCAUUGCACAAUGCGGGGAUGUCUCGAGGCCGACGCUCUUGUUUCAAGUCGCAGUCCUGUGCUAGAAAGAAAGGCCCCAGCCAGCCUAAGAACAAAUGCGGGCAAACAGCAAUAUCCCAAGUGACAACUGCCAAAUUAUAGCGGACCAAGGACUGUGAGCAAAUCAUUAGCAUCUUUGGCUUUCAGCACACUCUGUGGCCUGCAUUUGUACCUGUGGGAUCGCGAUAAAUCCAGUCUCCUCCCGUGAUUCCACCGCCCUGUCUCCGGUACAUGGUCUCGACGUCUUCCUUGUGCUGGCGUAGAUACGCCUUGAACUCCUCUGGACUCAUUGUCUUGGCUCUGUCCAUGAGGCCGUUGAACGCCGUCUGCUCCUCGUUCGACGUCGUUCUCAAGCCUGAGCUACCAGCAGCAGCAUCCGGUUUGACCAGCGGCGCUGUGGAUGUCAUCGAAGCGGCAUCGGACAGGUCGACUUUGGCGCCAGACUUUCUGCGGAAGAUCUUGGAGAUCAGGGUUUCUUCGGAUUUGUUGGGCUUGGUCGUGUUUGAGGACAUUGUUUCGUACGGCGAUUCUUCUAUAUCCCGUGGAUGAGAUCGCGAAAGAGGAUAUAGCAGGAUUCAGUGGUUGGAACAGGUGAAUUCGGCGUAAGCGGGUAUGUUAUGUUGUCAAUUGUCUUCUUUUUGUGUUCACAGCCAGGAUGUUGGACUCGUGUGUAUCUCUAGGGGCAUGGGACACUUCGCCCUUUAAGUACUGGGUAGCGAUAGAACAUUCGCAAGAGUCCA